AUGGUCUCAGGAUUUCACCGUUCCUUGUCUCUGCCGGGCUCGAACCGCCUCGAUGAGCCCUGCCACCUCCGCUCCACCAGCCUCCCCUGCCGCUCCCACCCGGCCCUCUCCCACCUCAUCGACCAGAUCCGCUCCUGCCCGGAUCCCUGCACCCGCUGCUCCUCCCCCGCCGCGGGGCUCGGCCGGAUCGACCGCCUCCUCGCAGCCCUCGACGACCUCCUCCGAUUACCUCGGGCCCAGGACACGCUCCGAGGCGGACCCGCCUGGGCCGACCGCCUUCUCGACGGCUUCCUACGCCUCGUCGACGCCCACGGCUCCCUCCGCUCCGUCGUCACAGCCCUCGGGCAAGACCACGCGGAGGCCCGGGCCGCGAUCCGGCGGCGCGACCCCGUUCGGCUCGCCUCCGCCGCGCGGUCCCACCGCCGGGCGGAGAAGGAGCUCGCCAGGCUCGCCUCGACCGUCAAGGAUCUCGCCAGAUCUCGGUCCCUGACCCCGGGGCUGUGGGCGGAGGAGGCCGAGGCCGAGGUUGCCGGCAUCAUCGCGGAAGCGGUGGCGGCAACGGCGGCCACGUCGAUGGCGGUUUUCUUGGCGAUCGCGGCGGUGUCAUCGUCGGCCGCCUCCUCGUUGUCGAAGGGUUCUUGGACGGAUCGGGUGUUGAGGAGGGCAUGGAAGAAGCGAAGCGAGGAAGGGGCGAUGGAGGCGAUGGAGGAGAGCAUGGAGGGAUUGGAGGAGGGAAACGGGAGGGUGUUCAGGAGUCUGGUGAACACGCGAGUCGCGCUUCUUAAUAUACUAACGCCCUCUUUGUAG